UGAAUUCUCAAUCUCAAACACUUAACUCUAUACUAUUACCUUGAUCAAUGAAAACGCGUUUUUAUUUUUAUUAUGAUUCAUCUCUAGUAAUGAAAUUACUGAUCGUGUAGAUGAAAAUUCAAAUUUCCAGCCAAUUAAAAGCAAGUUGCCAAAGUAAUUCCAAAUCUUUCCUUUAUUUAUUAUUUUUAUUUUCGUCACAGCCAUAUACGAGUCUCUUUCUCGGCAGUCUCACUCUGCACUCUGCAUCGCAUUUGUUAUGUUUAAAUACACCUUCAAACAUCAAAUUCCAAAACCAAAUCCAAAUCCAAAUCCAAAUCCACAACCAUUCCCUCUCUCUCUCUCUCUAGCUCAUCCAAAAACAGUAUUACUGCCCUAUUUUCCGAUCUCCCAAACAUGCCGCUAAGAUUAGCGGUUGUUUUGGCGUUUCUCGCCAUUGCUGCAGCAGAGGAUCCUUACCGAUUCUUCACUUGGAAUGUCACCUAUGGCACCAUUUGGCCACUCGGCGUUCCCCAGCAGGGCAUUCUGAUAAAUGGCCAAUUUCCUGGACCUGAAAUCUAUUCCGUCACCAACGAUAACAUUAUCGUCAACGUCUUCAACAGCUUGGAUGAGCCCUUCCUCAUUCACUGGAAUGGGAUUCAAAAUAGGAGGAAUUCGUACGAAGACGGAGUGUUGGGGACGACGUGUCCGAUUCCUCCGGGGAAGAAUUUCACGUACAUUCUACAAAUGAAGGAUCAAAUCGGGAGCUUUUCGUAUUUUCCAUCACUGGGAUUCCACAAGGCUGCAGGUGGAUUCGGCGGGAUUAGAAUCCUAAGCAGGCCGGGAAUCCCGGUCCCUUUCGAUAAUCCUGCCGAUGAUUUCACUGCUUUGAUUGGAGAUUGGUACGCAGCUAAUCACACUGCGUUGAGGGGAAUCCUCGACGGCGGCAACAAGUUACCUUUCCCUGAUGGAAUCCUCAUCAACGGCCGUGGCCCUAAUGCUACUGCUACAUCUUUCAACGUUGAACAAGGAAAGACAUACAGAUUUCGAAUAUGCAACGUGGGGUUGCAGAACUCGCUCAACUUCCGCAUCCAAGGGCACAAGAUGAAGGUGGUGGAGGUCGAAGGCACACACACUUUGCAGAUUAGCUACUCCUCUCUCGACGUCCACGUCGGCCAGUGCAUGUCCGUGCUCGUCACAGCGGAUCAGCAGCCUCAGAGCUACUACAUUGCUGUGUCUAGCCGGUUCACCACCCCGGUCCUCCUCACCACUGGCUUCCUCCGUUAUGGAAACUCCAACGGCCCCCCCUCCGGCCCACUCCCCGGCGGGCCUACCACUGAGAUCGACUGGUCUCUCAACCAAGCUCGUUCCAUCAGGACUAAUCUUACAGCGAGUGGACCAAGGCCGAACCCACAGGGUUCUUACCACUACGGUAUGAUCAACACGACACGGACUAUAAGGCUGGCCAGCUCGGCCGGUCAGGUAGACAAUAAGCAGAGGUAUGCAAUCAACAGUGUGUCGUUUAGACCAGCCGACACCCCUUUGAAAGUGGCGGAUUACUUCAAGAUAGAUGGAGUUUUCCGCGUUGGGAGUGUGUCCGAUGCUCCCUCUUACGGAGGAGUGUACCUCGACACAGCAGUGUUGGGUGCUGACUACAGAGCCUACAUUGAGAUUGUGUUUGAAAAUAAUGAAGAUAUUGUGCAGAGCUAUCACCUCAGCGGCUACUCCUUCUUUGUAGUAGGAAUGGAUGGAGGGCAAUGGGGUUCAGCCAGUCGAAAUGAGUACAAUUUACGCGAUGCAGUCUCCCGCUGCACGGUGCAGGUCUAUCCCAAAUCAUGGACUGCGAUUUAUCUGGCGCUGGACAAUGUGGGAAUGUGGAACUUGAGAUCGGAGUUCUGGGCACGACAGUACCUCGGGCAGCAGCUGUAUCUGAGGGUUUACACGCCAUCCACAUCGUUGAGGGACGAGUAUCCCAUCCCUAAGAAUGCGCUUCUGUGUGGGAGGGCAAGCGGCAGGCGCACGCGGCCGCUCUAAGCUAUCGGCUAUGGCAUGAGUUAAAGAGAGUUUUUGCUAUAUAUAUGUUGGAUUAGAAUAGAAGAUUUUUGAAUUGUUGGAGGUGCUAGUUCAGCACCUAUGCAGGUUUAGGAGGAGCAGUGUUGUCUCUGAUUGAGUUUGAUGAUGACCUUAGCUCAAGGUCAUAUUCUUUGAAUUUGCACAUGGAUGUUGUAUCUCUGUUUCAUAUACUGUAUCAGUUUGUAUACAAUUAUUAUAUUCUUCAA